ACGACGUCACUCUAUGAGAGGGCAAUGCGCGUGCUGUUGGUCAAACAAAUUUAGUUCGCUGAAGACGCGCGCGUAUUGCAGACACGUACGGUUCCCGGGCUCGUGAAAAGUGUUUUGACCGAAAAUGCGAUCUCUACCAUGUAAUGCGUUACUGGUUAUGAUAGCAUGCUUCGCGAUUUUCGGCAGAUGCGGGUGUACUAGAACAGCACAGGGCGGAAAGUUAAUGAUGCGCAAACGAGCUCACUCGCCGGAAUCAAAACUAGUAUCGAACACACUGUUUAAAAUGCCCACCAGAGACGCUCACGUUACGGAAGAGAACGCAAUUCGUUAUCUGGAUACACCGGAUAAAUCAUUUUCCGACAAAAAAGAAUACAGGUCAUUAAUCCUUCCAAAUGGUCUCCAAGCUCUACUCAUUUCCGAGCCUUGGUCGCAAUCGCAUUCAGCGAACAACAGCGUUGUUGAUGGAAAUGAUGAAAGCCAAAGCCAAAGCGAUGACGCAGCGAGCGUAACGUCUACUGAAAGUGAACGCACCGAAAGUGAUAGUGAAAGUAGCGAUGGCGGCGAUGCAGAUCCCGAUGGCGAAAAACUAGCAGCUGCUGCGUUAUGCAUUGACGUAGGAUCUUUCAGCGAUCCCCGUAAUGUACAAGGCUUGGCGCAUUUUUUAGAGCACAUGAUAUUUAUGGGAAGCAAAAAAUAUCCUACUGAGAACGAAUACGACGCGUAUAUAAAUAAAUGCGGAGGAUUUGACAACGCGGUAACUGACCUAGAAGAGACAACGUUCUACUUCGAAAUUGACGAACAGUACUUAGAUGGUGCCUUGGAUCGUUUCUCGAAUUUGUUCGCCUCGCCGCUGAUGCUACGUGAUUCUAUCUGCCGCGAGCGAGACGCUGUCGAGUCGGAAUUUCAAACCAACAUCAACAGUUUCUCGUCGAUGCAGGAUCAACUUUUCGCGUCGAUGGGAAAGGAAGAUCAUCCAUGCAGUUUAUUUACAUGGGGAAAUCUGCAAACGCUAAAAAAUAAUAUAACUGACGAUGAACUGUAUGAAGUUCUGCAUCAGUUUCAGCAGCGCCACUACUCGGCUCACCGCAUGUAUUUCGCGGUUCAAGCAAGAAUGAGUUUAGAUGAGCUAGAGCAGCUGACUGUUAAGUAUUUUUCCAACAUACCCAAUAAUAAUUUACCAGCAGACGACUUUUCAAACUUCAAUGAACGAAAUGCAUUCAAGCCCGAAUUCUACAACAAAGUGUUCUUCGUUAAACCGAAAUCGAACAUGUGCCAGCUGGAUGUAACCUGGUGUUUGCCGUCGAGCGUUAAGGAUUAUAAAGUGAAACCGGUAGAUGUUCUGAGUUAUCAUUUAGGGUACGAAGGAAAACAUAGUCUAACUAGUUAUUUAAGAAAAAGGACACUUGCUUUAGACGUACAAACAGGUGCUAGUUUUGGCUACGACAGAAACUCUCUUUACACUCUAUUCUCGAUCACCGUGACCAUGACUGACGAGGGUUUGGAGAAAGUAGAUGAAGUACUGGAAGCAAUUUUCAGCGAAGUGCGACGAUUGAAAGAACAAGGACCCGUGGAAUGGCUUUUUGAGGAAUUGAAGGAAAUCGAAGCUACGUCGUUUCGAUUUCGUAAAGAAAAAGUAGCCAGCGAUAACGUUGAGGAGCUUGUAGUCAACAUGCGACACUAUCCGCCGAAGCAUAUCAUCACAGGGCCUGAACUUUACUUUCAUUAUGAUGCCGCCGAAAUACAGGAAGUAAUCGAUAACCUGAACCAGCCGAAUUUUAACAUUAUGAUCUCAUCAUCGAAACCAUACGAUGGAAUCGUAUUCGAUAGGAAAGAGAAAUGGUUCGGAACGGAAUAUGCAACAAUAGAUAUGCCACAAAAGUGGAAAAACUUGUGGGAAAACACAACGGACAUUCCCGAGCUGAAAUUGCAAGAGAAAAACAAUUAUAUAAGCACUAAUUUCACCAUAUUAGCAACUUCGCACGAUGGUUCACAAACUAAUGAAAUUCCGCAGUUCCCCGAAAAAGUAAUGGACAACGAAAUCUGUGAAUUGUGGUAUCGCUUGGAUAGUAAAUUCAACCUGCCAUCGGCGUUAAUGUACUUCUAUUUAAUUUCUCCACUACCGUUGAGAGAUCCACAAAGUGCCACCUUAUCUAACUUGUACGUAUCAUUGUUGAAGUUCCAAAUAUCUGAAGCCUUGUACCCUGCAGAAGCAGCUGGUCUGAAUUUUGAAGUCCAUUCCGCUGAGAAGGGUAUUGUACUUAAGUUUGACGGAUAUAAUGAGAAACUGCCUCUUAUUGUCGACGAAUUAACAAAAGCUAUGAAAGAGUUCGAGAAGAAUGUGGUUUCCGAUGAAUUUAAUAUUAUCAAAGAGAAGUUAUUCAAACACUAUUACAAUGACAUUAUUAAAGCGAGCAAAUUCAGCAGAGAUGUUCGAUUAAAAAUUGUACAGGAGACACACUGGACUGUAUUGGACCGUUUAAAUGAUCUUUUAAAUCUAACAGUCAAUGAUCUCAAACUGUUCUCUAAGGAGUUUUUCCAACAAAUUAAAAUUCAAGCGUUAAUCCAAGGCAACAUAUUGAAGGAGGAUGCAAUAGACGUAAUGUCCAAAGUGUUGGUGAAUCUAGGAGGUGGAAGAAUUGCAGACAAAUUACUUAUUGAUUCGAGAGCACGGGAAAUUCCGCUAGGCAACAACCAUGUCACAAUGCAAUCCUUCCGCAAGAACGACGUGAAUACGGUGACCACGAAUUUCUACCAAGCAGGUCCCGUUACUCCAGCACUCAAUGCACAACUUGAACUGUUGGAGAUGCUCCUCGAAGAACCACUGUUCGAUAUUCUUCGCACAAAGGAGCAACUGGGCUACGAUGUGUCGGUAACAAUGCGUGAUAACUUUGGAAUCCUCGGCUAUUCCAUCACUGUGCACUCACAGGAGGAUAAGUUCAAUUAUCAACAUAUUGAGGAAAGAAUCGAAGAUUUCAACAGUAGAUUUGUGCAAAUUCUGUACAAUAUGCCGGAAACCGAUUUUGAGUUGAUAAAAAAUUCACUUUUGAAACAUAAACAAAUCGUGGACACUGAAUUGAAGAACGAAAUGUCCAGAAAUUGGGCUGAAAUUACGACUGAAGAAUACAUAUUCGAUCGGAACAAACUAGAGAUGGAGCAUAUAGCUAAACUAACCAAAACUGAUAUACAACAUUUUUACAGGCAACUGCAAGUCGAGCAGAGGCGGAAACUUUCCAUCCAAGUCGUGGGAUGUAGUCAUAAGUCAGAAAAAUGCAAUAAGGUUGAAAAUAGGGAUGAUAGUGCUAAUAUAAAAGACUUGCAUAGAGAUUUGAAAAUUCUGUUUCUCACUUCAGACAGCCAGAAGGAAAAUUUCAUUACCAAUAUAGACAAUUUCGGGAAAACGCUUAAAGUCUUUCCAGUUACAAAAAUUCAAUUUUGACACAUUUUUUGUGUGUAGUGAACGGAGAUAUUCAUCUUUUUUAGGACUAGUGCUAAAUGUUCAAAUAAAAUUUGCUAAAUGUUUGUCAAAAUGUA